GAUUGGCUAAAGCUUUUCUUUCCCUUUGGAUGUUUUGAAUAAUUCCUAUUUGUGUGGUUUUCGACUUCCAAAAACAAGAACCUUCUCGGUGGACGUUAAUGUUACAGCGUGCGUACAAUUCCGAAGAAAUGAAUAAUUAUAACAUCACACUGAACAAUUUCCUGCCAUUUCCACCCGACGGCACGUGUGGAAUGGUCGACCCCGCGGGGGCUUUGAGGUACAGUACAGCCCGCAGCUAGUAAUUAGUCAGGCAAUUCCAUAACAGAACUUGAUCUGGGGACGGUCACGAUCCCGUCGCGGAAGGUAUUCGUAGGCAUCUCGGAAGUUAAUCAGUUGCCCGAUUCUGUCACCUCAGCCGUGUCGGGUGGCCUCCUCACGCACGCUUCGAGCAUGUUGGAGGCUGACCCGAUCUCACACGUUCUCAUCUGCUCACACCGCCGUGACGUUCGCAUGACCGCUGGUGUAGCAGGCGGGAAAAACGGACAGAGCACGUGGCCUACAGAUCAGACGUGUGUUUGCGUGCCUAUGUUGAUUAAUGGACCUUGGCGGUGUUGAAGGUGCUUCUGAACGAGUCUAAUUACACCUGAUGAGAAGAUCGCACGGCACAUGGUAUGAAAGGAGUUUGGAUUUCGUUUUCGUUUGACAUUUUUUCGUUCGGUUGGAACAAAAUCUGUCCCCGUGAGCGGGGAUGAUCCAGAGAUAUGAUCUUAGCGGCGUUCUUCACGAUUGUUACUUCAAUCAAGCGAUUUGCAUGAGAGCUAGCACCAUACGAUGGGUUCAGAUCGUAUACCAUGCAUGGCAAUACGGAGACUUAACGCACACGCACACACCCUGUUAUGGACAAUAUGCCCAAAAUUGGGAACGAUUCCACGGCUCUCCCCGGUGUGCAUACGACCGAUUAAUGCCAUACCAUAUCGGACAGCAUCAAGAAGCGGGUCGUCGCGGGGUCAUGCGGUUAAACUGCACACAAUGUCACACGAUGUCAACACUGAUGCUGGGUGUGUAUGUCUGUCUGUUUUGUAAGGUUCGGUGUCUUCUGAAGCGAUCCUUCAUCGCUUCCUACACUUAUUGGGUAGGGAAGCGGCUUAAGGUUGCCCUGUGGGGAAUGCAUUUUCGAGCCGAUUACGGGACAAGCUGAAGGUUUAUUCCGUUUUUGACGAUCGUAAUGUCACGGAAGAGCUGCUUCUCUCGCCCCUUUUUUUCAACGCCAAUCUUGGAUGGGCUUUAGAUGGUUAGCAUGCUUAUGUGACGUUUAUUGCUCAGUUGCUGAUGAGCGCGUUAAUGAGCGUGAUAAUUAAAGUUUUUCUGUUUAAUUGCUGUUCGAUUGCAAAUGGGAAAAUGAGCUACCUGCUUCCUGAUGUUUUUCUCUGUUUAUGGUUGAUGAUUGGUAUAAAAGAUGCAAUUGUUUUAAUAGCAUUUAUCUAGAAUUGCUUAGAAUUGUGUGGUUUUCGAAAUAAUCAUAAACAGGCUGCUAGCUAAUGGAGUCUUUCAAGUAGCUCAGUUUAGAAACCUCGAAAUGUUUUUGUCGAAAUCUCCUAUCUCCAGACUCACUUGAAUCAAUUCGAGUGAUACGCUUAAAGUGCACUCCAUUAAAAACCAUUUAUCAUCAUCAUCAUCAUUAUCAUCCAGCCUUGCGAGCAAAGCAUUAUCAUUCGAAUGCGUGUGCAGUUCAUUACGUCCAGUUAUGGUAGGAAUGGUAGUAUACCUCCCGUUCCCGGAGUCGGGCAAACGGCAACCGGAUUCCUGCAAUUAUUAUGUUUUCACGAGCAUCUGCGACAGCAUGUAUGUGCUAGUAGUUGGAUAGACAGUUCAACGACGGAUGGCAAUGCAAGUCCACUUUUGAUUUGCCAAGUGACGCGAAGAUCAUCGCACACACAUGUCUUCGCUAGUGCCACCACGACAAGGUGACUCGAAAGAUGAGAAAUAACAUCCCUUCCUGAGUGAUUCCAGCAAUUGAAAAGGUACAACAUAAAACGUCGUUUUGCUUUCGAAUUCGAUCGUUCCAACCGAACGCACCGAACCCCCGGCGCUCGUUCAAUAAAUGCAACCAGUUCCCCAGUUUUUGCGCUCCAAACGUGCCAAUGUCACGGUCAUGGUCGGACGGUGAUAAUAUUUACUUCUUCAACCAUCCCCACCCUUUAAUAGUCUCGCCUCGCAACCCAACUGGUCCACGCAGCGGCCUGGACGUGGUUGGACGGGACCACGCGUGCUAAAAAUUGUGUCCCAUUUAUUUUGUGAACCUUUCGCUUUGCUCUCCGACUCCCAAUCGUACUGGCAUCCCGAACACUCUCGAUGCGUCGAGCGGCUCUUGUCCCCACAGUGUCCCCAAGUAUGUGUGCCCUUUAGCACGUUUUCAACAACUCUAACUCGUGUGCUGCCUCCCCUUUGUGGAUGUCUCGCCGCCCCCGGUUCGGGUCACUGGUGCAUUGACGCUCGUGCCUUGUAGGUCGUCUGGUUGUGUAGUAGACUGGGGUGUGAGUGUGUGUGCUAGCCCCGAGCUCCAAUGGUCAAUGGUUGGUUGAACGUUGAUUGUUGUUUUGAUUAGGGCAAAUAGUAGAUGAUCGUUAUGUAUGGUAAUAAUCGGUAAUGCUUACGGUCAGUGGAGAAUACGGGGCGAAUGCGGCAUGGACACGCGAGACACAGGACUCGGUUGUCGCUUCUUCACAAGUAGCGCGUGACGGCUGGUGGGUCCAUUCGAUUCAUCGCCGUCCGUCGUAGGAGUCGCAUCUUGUACGGGUGGGGGCUCGGUGGCACACUGUGCGGAGUGCUUGAUUUGUCGCAAACGGCAUGAAGUCGAGGACAAUCAAAGCAUUCGCAUUAGAGUAAAUGAAGAGAGUCCGGUACGGAUCUGCAGCGUAGGAUCGAAGCAGGUUCGGAAUGGUUUUAAUGACACUUUAUGCGCCACUAAUCAUGGUGAUGAUGAUGGUUGGAGACUCGCAAGGGUUGAAGUUGGUUGUAGAAAUAGUGCGAGAAUCAAGUGGAUUGUUUGGUUGGCCAAAUAGCUGAUGGUGUUUUAAAAAUGUCUAUUGUACAUCAAAGAACUUUGUUAGACGUUCUUGAGUCAUUUUACGUUAUUGACUGAUAGAGUUGAUUUGUUAACACGGAUGUCCAGAAAGAAGACCAAAGCAAUAAGUAAUCUGGUACUGCUGAUAUGACGGUAGCAAGUCUUCAAGGUUAAAGGCUGAAAUUGACUAGAAAAUCUCAAAAUAUCUCGUUACAGUCAUGCACAUUAACAGUUUUCCCCGCGUUUCGACAUGACUCACGCUGCUGCUGGGAUGCUUUCGCUCGUUCCACUGCUGACUUCAUUCAUUGCUGUCCCACAGCAACCCCCACAGUGGCUGGCUGCUCGGCACUGCAGUUGAGGCAUUUUCCAAUCCUGUCAAUCCUACCAAUUGUCCGUCAUUACAAACCGCCUGUCAUGUGAUGUCCGACCUUGAAUUACACGAUUCCUUCACGGCUGGUAGAACAGGAUGGUGGGGUUGUGUCACGUUUGCGUUUGUUGGCGCCCACUAACCCACCCACCGACAUAACACUACACCAAAGUUGCAUUACGCUUUCUCUCCCUCUCCUCCUUCUCUCUCUCUCUCUCUCUCUCUCUAUCUCUCUCUCUUAUUCUCUAUACUCUCUCGCCCCAUUUCCCCUCCGCCCAAAAGGGUGUCAAAUAAUGGUGUCCACCAUAGCACACACAACCACACACAUGCGUGUUGCGCCGCCUUCUCGAAGCGAAGAAGCGCGCACGCGAGAGAAAUUUUCCUUUCGAUGGGGUCGUUUUUCUUUCACUUUCGUGUCCCCAAAACUGGCGACGGGAAAGGUGGAAAGUCCCGGCGGAAGGCUGCCAAAUGCCUUGCGACAGUGACCUUUGUUUUUUUUCGCGCUGUGAUUUUACUUUUCUUUCCUUUCGGUGCGAAAAAAGUCCACUCCUCGUCUACAGCUAUUCUUAGUUGCGAGGAAUCCGUACCGAUGUCCGAGAAUGUGGCAUGAUGGGAGGGAGGGUUGAUGAGAGUGGCUGAUGUGCCGGUACCGGGCGGAGGUGCAUUUGUGUGUUGCGACUGUACAAAUUGCAUCGCGCAUGGUGGCGGGCCGGUUGGCCUGGCCUCGUUGCUCUUUUUUUGUGACAGUUGAAACAGUUUAGUUUGUUGAGUAUGUGUGUGUGGGUGGGGAGAAGCGAGAAAGAAUCACUUUUCCCUUAUCUAACUUGCCGUGUGGCGCCGGCCGACACCCAAACGACCAUCGGAGGUUGCGGCAAAAUGGACCUCGGCCGGCGGGACAACGUUCGCUCACAACGGCAUGUGGCAUUGGCAAAUACAUGUUUCGUGUACAUUGUGGAGCACAUACAACACACGGGUGUAGAGGGGAUUGUGCGGGGAAGGGGGGGGGGGCGAGAUAGAAGAGCAACUGAGCUAUCUCUCACUGCCGGUUGUCAGUUCGAUGGUGGAUAGCGUAGCGAUAAAAAUACAUUACCGUUCAAUGAAUUGCGCAAAACCGCUGCGUAAAUGUAUGUGUGUGUGUGUGUGUUUGGGGCUGAUUUUGCUGAAGGACAAGGGGGAAAGAAUGGAGGGAUUUUUUGAUGAAGCUUGACGUCCAUACGGAUGUCGCAACGCGGACACGGACCGCAAGUGUGCAUUUUUGCAAUAAGUGAAGCGAACCCCCGUGUGACGUUGUUACCAAAUGUGCUCCAAUAAGGUUGUCCACGUGUCGACCGUGUCCAACCUGUACCGAUCAAAAACCUUGGAAUCGGAGGUAAUCUUCUUGAUAGACAUCAAGUACAUCCCUAUUUUACAAGCGAAUGUUUACAUUAGCCGCCCCAACUCGAAAUGUACGAUCGCAGAUGAAUUACGAUUCGGUGUAAAUAUUCUCUUUUUUCCUACUCCCCCGUUACAAAGUUAACCUGUCAUCGAUACAGAGAGGAAGGAUGUGGAUAUUCUCUAAUUAUAAGAGCAUGUGUUACACUCUAGGUUUCACGGUAAACGCCCCAAGGUCGAACCCGAUUACAAAUGUAGCGGCCAGGUCGAGAUGGGAAGCUGCGAAAGUGUGGCCUAAGAGUUUCAUUUCUCCGACUUUCUUCGCUGACCUUGAGGAGUUGUCGGGAGUAUCGAAGCGAAACAUUAUUUAUUCUUCCGUUUUCGGUUGUGAUUUAUUGGAUCUUUGAGAAAGAACACUCUUGGCUGUCUUUCGGAUACGAUCGCGGUUGCACUUACCCCGAUGGAAGUUAUGCAAUGGCGGAAUCGUCUAGAAUCAGGAAACCCUAGUACUACGAAUAUCAAACAUAUUAGUUGUAACACGCUCAAGCUACAACGUUUGGUCGUAGCGUUAGGUCUUCUAAGGGCACUCUCGUGCGCUCUCUCUCUAUUUCACUACUGACCCUGAGCAUACAACUGUGUAUCAAUGUGUUUGUGGAGGCGAUAAGGGUCUUAUCAACCUUCUUCGCCGAAUAAUCGAUAACACUCCUUCUGCUUUUUUGCCUGGGCACUGAAUGGGCGAGGCUUUCCCGAAAUCAUGGUGCGCUGUCGAUUGUGUCACCCAUCCGUCCAGAGGGAACGACGUGACUUCCGGAGUGAUAAAGAUGGCGACUGGUGGCACCCCAACCUGCUUACUGCUGCUGGCCCUGCUCUGCAGCGUGGGCUGGUGUGCAACGGGCGCUGAUCCGACGGCAAACAAAUGUCCCCAGGAGUGCCGCUGUGAGGCGAACUCUACGAUCCGCUGCACCAGUGUGGCCGGACUGAGAAGUCUCGACAAGACGCAACCGAUCGCCCGGCUGGAUCUGUCCGGGCUGGAGCUGACCAAGGUACCGGGCCCGCUGGAGAACGUCCGGAACAUCACCGAGCUGGACCUGUCGCGCAACCGGCUGGCGGAGGUGAGCCACCUCGGCAAGCGCAUCCGCAAGCUCGACCUCAGCCACAACCGCAUCACGUCGGGCAAGCUGGCCCGCAUCCCACCGUUCGUGGAGUCGCUCAACCUGACGUACAACGACAUCACCUACCUGCCGCUGCACCUGAUGAAGCUGAAGCGGCUGCGCUACAUCGAGCUGGCGAACAAUCCGAUCAACUGCACGUGCGAGACGCUCCACAUCCGCAACUGGCUGACGUCGCGCCACGUGUGGUCGGACGAGCACAUCAAGUGUAUGGCGCCGGCCGAGUUCAAGGGCCAGCCGUGGCUGCAGGUCCGCCAGCUGGACGUCUGUGCGCCGACGGUGGUGGCGGAGCGCAAGGGCGGCUACCAGUGGGACGACUACGAGGACGAGAACGAGCUGAUGCUGGGCGAUGCGCCGCACCACGAGGCAAAGGAGGAGGACGAGGAUGACUUCAAGCGGGAGUACCUGCCGGUCGGCGAGAAGGUGAAGCGGCACGAGCCACCGAUCGUGGUGGAAAACAGUGAAGCUGAGGACGCAUCGGGCGAUGGCGGAGUGGCGAUCGGGGAGGAAUCCACCAUUGGCGAGGAGGCACGGCGGAAGGUGUUUGAUGGGCCGACGGUCGAGGGCAGUGGCGAAGAGACGGACCACAGUGCUCGUGUGAUGGCUGCGGAGGUCGAGGAGGAUGGCGAAGGUGAUGAGGACGUCACGGACGAUGGCAGUGGCAGUGGGGGCGGUUUUAUGAUUGACGUCGCACGGGUCCAUGAUCUCGAGCCGACCACGAGCAGCUCGACAGAGACGCCGCUCGACGAGGAGGAACCGGAAGAGGCACCGAUGGGCAUGCCCAACCUGCACGACGGGCUCGGCAUCUUCCGGGACGACAAGGAGGAGGACGACCUCGAACCGACCUCGGAAGAGACCACCUCGGAGGGCACGAACGCACGCGUCAUGGUCGGUGCGGCCGGCAUUAUGAAGACGGCCAGCGAUGGAACGGCGGCCGGUGAUGGUUCGUCCGAAACUCCGCUCGUCGCUGGCGGGGCGCUCGUACCGCCACCGUCGGAGGAAGACAACCAGAAGACCUACCUGCUGCUCGCCAUCCUGGGCAUCAUCGUCGUGUCGCUCAUCGUGAUGGUGGUGUGCAAGCGCAAGCCGGACUCGCGCAACCGCCGCGGCAAGUACGACGUGGAGACGGCAAACGGUACCGGCCGCGAGAUGAAGGAGAUGAACAAGAACCUGCUGGGCGAGAAGGGACCGGCCGACCGGAACGGGCGCGGUGUACCCGAGCAGACGCCGCUCAUGUCGCCGGACAAAAACGACUACGAGCGGGUGUUCGGCGACCCGCAGAAGACCGCCUUCAGCCCGGUGAAGCCCGUGCGCACCUCGCUCGAGAAGCCGAUGGAAUCGUUCAAACCGAUCGCGGCCGAACGGCGCACGAACGAUGCGGCCGGUGCCCCCGCGGACAACAACAACACGGCCACGCUGCCGAACGGCAACGGUGCGCUGCAGAACGGGGACGGCCCGGCCGGUGUGCACCGGCAGCCGGACCACCCGAACCACCACCAACAACAAGUGCCAUCAGCGAACGGGGACGUGACCGAUCCGGACGGCCACCUGGCGGUGCCGCUCGAGUCGCCCCGCUCGAAACGCUACAGCCCCAUCUACGUGCCUACCUCGCCGAAAUCGGACCGGUACAGCCCGGUGUACUCGCCGGAGACGGGCCGCGUGAAGAUCAAGAUGACCGAGACGCCCAAACCGAAGACGCCGAUCCUGGUGACGCGAAGCCGGUCGCGGGCAGGCGACAUCAUCACCACGAUGGACGACCAGAAGUUCUAGGGCACGGUUGGGACGGGGGCGACCGGCGGGCGCUACCGCUGGACACCUCGUGACAUGCUGCCCGGGAGCCGUCGGGUCGUCGUGACUCGUGACCAUGUGUGACGUACGCCGGCGUUAUCUUGCGCGGACGGGGGUUGUGUGUGCCUUGAUUGUAAGCGUUGCUGCUGAUAAUCUACUAAUCCUGCCUCGACCUGAUCCUGCGAACCUUCCAAACCGCCCGGAUGGAAUGAGAGUGGGUGGUUUUGGGUGGAACGGGACAUCUUUCGUUGCUUCUAUCUGCCGACCUGGGCGGCGUCAUCUUCAUCGGUGUUUCCUGUGCGGGCUAUGGCUAAUGCACAAAAAAAAACAAAAGAAAACACAUAUUCAUUGCCUUGGUGUGCCUACUGCGUUCCCAAUUGUUUCCCUUUGCCUAGUCGAUCUUUGGAAUCAAAAGCCCCAGAGUCCAGGAAAAAACAACCCGUCUUCCUGUGUAAAAUGAAGUGUUAACACCUCGUGUACCGUCUUGAGCAGUUUUUCCCAUUUUUUUUGCUAGCCAAUAUGAUCUACGCUUGCUUGUUAGUGUGACUGUGGCGCUGUUUAGGAACCUAUUGAGUGGAACUGUUUCAAGUAAUGCUUUUUUUCUGGUUCCGCUGCAGUACGAAAACCAAUGAACGUUGUACAUAGUGUUAAGGAGAUGCAGAAGAGAAAAAAGGGGAAUGCGAUAGAGAUACAGCGAUAUCCUCUACAGUAGGUUGUAGUUGUUAGUCAGCAACCCACAUACACACGCGCAACUCGCACAUCCACACGUGUAUUCUAAUUCUGCCAAAAUGGAAACAAUUGCUGUCCGAGGAGCUAGCUAGGCGCCAUAAACAUUUAAUCGGAAAUUGUAACAAGAAAAAAAGUAAACUUUUAGAAGAAGAAAAGAUACGCAACACAACACACAAAAAACUAACCAACGAAGCAAGCAGAAGCAAACCAUUAGUGUGUAAAAGAGGAAAAAGGAGAAAACGCAAAUGAAAAGGUAAACUGUAGCGUAAAUCGCGUAAUCGUAUUCGAUAAGGUAUCAGCUCGUUUUAGGAUAGCAAACUACCCCAAGUUGGAAGAAAAUCCGCUGCAAAGAACCAAUGGAUUAGUGCUUUCGGGAGGGAAAUAAGUUUACAAAGGCAGAUAAACUACGGUCAGGAAGGUUACUAGUUCAUGUUUCGUCAGUCGUUCAUCGUAGAGAUAGUGUAACUUCAUUCUAGUGGCGUGCGGGAAAGUCCUAGAGGCGUGCGCGCGAAAGUUGUACAUUAAGUGUGUCGGGAUCAUAAGCAACACAGGACAGCCAAAACAGACAAGCAGAGAAACCAUUUUCAGAAACAAAGGGCGGUUGCGAAUAGUUAGAAUAAUUACGCGUACGUUAGUUGGAAAAUCGGGAUGAUGGCGAACGCGAGACGUUCUGUUUUUAAUCGAGUCUUGUAGGUUGUUGAUGUUACUUGUUGUAAUGUUGCUGCGGUACAUUAAGGUGUGCGUGUGUUUGUGUAUUUUAAUGCUGGAUUUUGGUUUCCCUGCUGCUGCAAAUUCGAGCAACCGCAGUGGGACGUAAUGGUCGGGAGGGAAGCGUAUACCUUUACACAUAUCACCUUUGCCCCCGCCAUUCACAAUUCAGCCUGCUUCGGAGCGACAACCGGCGUUAGAAAAGCUGGACCGGGAGGAAAAGCGGAAACAACCAUAAACAGCGCGCGGGUGCAGUUGUUGCUCGUUGUUUUAUUUCGAUGGCCCGAUCAGUUGUAGCAAGGAAACGAGUCAACCGAGAAUUUGCGAUUUGCGUAGGAUGAAAUGUAUUUAAAUUUUAUAAAUAAUUUAUACUUCCCGUGAGAAGCUAGGGAGAGAGCGAGAGAGAGCGAACGAGAAUUUUGGGAUAAGAAACCGAUUGUGAAAAAUAAAACGUGCGAAAAGUGUUGUAGAGUAAAAUCAA